GGGGGCGGUCGGCCCGACCGCGGCGGCUCCAACUGGCCGGGCAGCGGCAGGACGCGCGGCGGACAAAAUGGAUCCACUGGAGACGACUGGUCCAGUGGAGGCGGAGGGGGCCGGCCCAGAGGACAGGACCGGAACGCCAGCGGCGAUUCGUGGUCGUCCGGCGGCGGCCGCCCGAUCCGCGGCGGCGGGGGUGAUGUGGGCGGCCGUCCGGGCGGCGGGCGCCAGCCGCCCGCGCCUUCCGUCUCCAUCCCCGAGCACAGCUGCCGGCUGACCCCGGCGGCUCUGCGGGCGGGCGCUGAGCUGCGCGCCGCUCCCACCUGGGUCUGCGGCCUGCACGAGUUCUACCUGCAGCCGCUGGACGGUGCCGAGCCGUUCAACACACUGAUGACCGAGAUGCAGACGUUCUACGGCGGCCUGCGGCGGCCUCAGGACGGUGCCGAGACGCACCCGGCCGUCGGUAAGCCGGUGGCGGCCCGGUUCACCGACGGAGCCUGGUACCGCGCCGUGGUGAGGCGGGCCGCGCCUGCCGGGCUGGACGUGUUCUUUGUGGACUACGGCAACUCGGCCACUGUCGACAAACAGCUGGUGAAGCGGCUGAAGGAGGAGUACUGCCGACUGCCCUGCCAGGCGUACAAGUGUCAAUUUGGAGGCGUGAAGCCGGCCGGCGGCAAAUGGAAGGUCCUUUCAGAGCAAGAGCUGGCAAAGUACUUCGAGGGUGAAGUGCAGGUAACGUGUCUGAGCGCUGAGGGCGACCUGUCGUCAGUUGAGGUGGCACUCACCUCCUCUGGACAGCGGGCCACCGAUCAGCUGGUGGCCGACGGACUGGCGGAGCGGCCGGCCGCCGCGCGACCCGUGCAACAGAGCGGUAUCGGGCCGUACCCGCCGCUGGAGCGGCCCUUCUCGGCCGGUGAGCGAGUGGAGGUGUUCGUGGCCUGCGUCCUGUCUCCGUCCCGGCUGUACGUCCAGCUCAGCGAGAACACGGCGGAGAUCGAACAGAUGGCCACCGACAUCGAGGCGUCCACCACAGACUGCAAGGUCCCGUGUCCGGACGUGGCCCCCGAGGAGCUCUGCCUGGCGCCCUUCGAGGGUGUCUACUAUCGCGGACUCAUCACGGCCGUCGACGGACAGACGGCAUCAGUGUUCUUUGUCGACUACGGCAACACCGAGCGCGUCAAUGUGUCAGAGCUGGUCGAGUGUCCCAUGUCGCUGGUGGACCUGCCCGCUCAGGCGAUUCAGUGCAGUAUGACCGGACUGGUGUCAGCCGACUGCGGCGAUCAGCUGGCCGCCAAGGUCGACCAAAUGGAGCUGACAGCUCUCGUCGACCGUGUGCUGCCCGGCUCUCUGAUCGUCACCCUGCUCAGCGGCAGCACCAACAUCAACCUGGAGCUGGGCGGCGACGGACAGGCGCGCUCCCCCGAGCCGGCCGCUAAGAAGGCCGCUGCUCCUACCUCUGCUCCCGCUCCGGCUCCUGCUGCGGCUGCUCCAGUGGCUCCGGCUCCGGCCCAGGCGGCUCCUGCAGCUGAGGAAGCCACAGAGACUGCGGCACCGUUCACUCGCGUGACCGUCUCGUUUGCGGUGACGCCGCACGAGUUUUACGUUCAGGACGCGGCGGACGGCCCAGCGGCGCAGUUGGACGAGCUGAUGGCUCAGCUGGAGACUGAGUACAGCCAGCUGGGACCCCAGGACAGGGCUGUGAAACAGGUGCAGACCGGUGAUCUGGUGGCGGCGCCGUUUGCCGAUGACGGCGUGUUCUACCGCGCCCGUCUGCUGACAGCCGAGCCCGGCGCCGCCGACUGCCAGCUGCACUUCAUCGACUACGGCAACUGCCAGCUGACGCCCCGCGCCCAGCUGAAGCUGCUGACGCCCGGCCUGCUGGCUCCGGCGCCGCUGGCGCAGCGCUGCCGCCUGCCGGAGCGGCCCGCCGCCGGGCAGUGGACGGACGAGGACACGGAGCUGUUCGAGCAGCUGGCCGGUACCCUGGAGAAGGCGCUGGCGCUCCGCAGGGAGGCGGGCGGUGCUGAGGACGUCUGGACGGUGCGGCUGCUGGACGGAGAUACAGACGUGGGACGGGAGCUGGUGAAGGCCGGACGGGCCCUGCCGCCCGGGCAGGAGCCUCCCGCGGCUGUGGCGGAGAAGGUGACGACUGAGGCGGCUCCCGUGCAGGAGACCGCCGCCCAGAGCUCCGCCCAGCCGGCCGGCCCGGUGGGCGCGGCCCGACUCAAGAACGGCCAGCUGCUGGAGGCGGUCGUGGUGUUCGCACUCAGUCCGACCGACUUCUGGGUGCAGCUGAGCGCAGACACCGCCACUCUGGACGACCUGAUGGCGCGCCUGGAGGCAGCUCAGCUGAGCUCCGCCGCCGCGCCCGCCGCCGGCCAGCUGCUGGUGGCGCGCUACGCUGAGGACGAGGCGCUAUACCGCGCGCGCGUCCUCUCUGUGACCGGCGACACUGCGACUGUGCUGUUUGUUGACUACGGUAACACGGAGUCGGUGCCAGCGGCCGAGCUGUGGUCGUGCCCGCCGGAUCUGUCCGGCGUGCCGCCCCUGGCCGUGCGCUGCUCACUGCCCCUGGAGCCGCAGCCGUGGUCAGACGCCGCUGUGGACAAAUUCUCGACUCUGGUCGGUGUCGGCGGCGCCGAGGAGCGUACUCUCAACAUGGAGCUGGUGAAGGCCGGCGACCCGGCGCUGGUGAACCUCUUUGACGGCCAGCAGGACGUGGCGUUUGAGAUGGUCGGUGCCGGGUUCGGCAUGGUGCACGUCGAGGAGCGACCAGUGCUGGUGCCGGCCGCACAGAAGGCGGCCGAACAGCCCGCACCCGCCCCGCCCGCGCCCGAGCCUGCGGCCCCUGCAGCAGAGGCCGUGAAGACUGAUGUCACCGAAGCGGAGAGCGAGCCGGCGGCACAGGCCGACGAGACGACCGAGUCCCAGGCGGCGCCGGUCCCGACCACCCCCGCCGGUGACCAGGCUGUGUUCGUGUCGCACGUUAACUCACCGCUCGAGUUCUAUGUGCAGUCGGCCGACACCGGGCCGCUGGACGAACUUAUGGAGAGGCUGGCGGGUGAGUUCCCUGCUGCGGCUCCCGUGUCGGCCGCCACUCCAGGCCUGCUAGCAGCCGCACCCUACUCAGAGGACGGAGCGCCGUACCGCGCCCGGGUGCUGGCGGUGGAGGACGGUCAGGCGCGGGUGCUGUUUGUGGACUACGGAAACUCAGAGUCUGUGGAUGUGGCCGAGGUGCGGGAGCUCGGUGCCGAGCUGGCGGCGCUGCCUCCCCAGGCGCGUCCUUGCCAGCUGGCGGUGGAUGUCUGUGAGGAGGGGGCCACUGAGAAGCUCCGGGAGCUGACCGAAGCGGAGGAGGAGCCGGUGACUGUCAGCGAGGUGGCCGCGGGCGCCGUCACUCGGGUCCGGCUGACGCUCUCCGCUGGGGACGCCGCUCAGCUGCUGGUGGAGGCGGGCCUGUGCCGGCCGCGCGAAGACACCCAGCUCCCGGCCGCGCCGCCGCCGCCCGCCGAGCCGCUGAGCCUACUCGUCUCGCACGUGGACUCCCCGGCGUGCUUCUUCGCGCAGCGUCUGAGUGACCUGGCGGCGCUGGACGAACUGGCCGACCAGCUGGCGGAGCUGUACGACGCCACUGAGCCCCCGCCGGCGCUCCCCGCCCCCUGCUGUGGUGACCUGUGUGUAGCCCGCUCGGCAGAGGAGGAGGGCUGGCACCGGGCGCGCGUCGUGGCCGUGUCGCCGACCGGAGACGUUCGUGUGCGGUUGUUGGACUACGGCUCGGUGGCGGCAGCGACUGAGGUACGCGCCGCGGCGCCGGCUGUGUGUCGGACGCCGGCCGUGGCUCUGCGGUGUCGGCUGCCGGCGCGGCCCGCUGACGGCGCCGACUGGGGACAGGAGGCGACGGCGGCGCUGGCCGAGCUCUGUGACGCCGCCCAUUACGAGUUCGACGCGCGUCUGGUGGCGGAGGCCGAUGGGGAGCCGCUGGUUGCCCUGCUCUGUCUGGAGGGUCGCAGUGUCACGCAGACCCUGCAGGAGCGUGGGGUGGCGAUGGUACCAGAGUCGCUUGCCGCAGAGAGCGUACAGGUCAAGCCAGCAGAAGAAGUGACUAAAGAGAAGAAGCCAGUAGAAAGAGAGACUGAGACGAAGCCGUUUGAAGAAGCGUCUGAAAAAGAGAAGCCGGCUGAAGGAGCGUCUGAAAAAGAGAAGCCAGCUGAAGAAGCGUCUGAAAAAGAGAAGCCGGUUCAAGAAGCGCAUGAAGAAGAGAAACCGACGGACAAGGAGGGGACAGAUGAUAGAGUUGCUGAGGAACUGGAUAACCUGUCUUUGACGGAGCGGCAUGAAGAGGGUGAGACUAAGGGCUCGACUGAACCCAGCUCUCAGGAACCUACCGAAACCGAGCAAGCAGAGCAGAACGCAGAUGAAACAAAACAGGGUCUAGACGAGUCGAAAUCACACGAGACGGGUAAAUCCUCAGAAGCGACAGAUUCAUCGGAAGAAACACAACGUGAUUUGGAAGAAGAUAAGACUGAUCAGAAGUCUGAAGUGACGGCCGGCGCCUCUGAGGAAAAGACAGCUGAUUCUGACAAGGAGGCCGUCGCUGAGAAACCUUCCUCUUCGGACUCUGCCGCGCCGGCCGACGCUGCGGAGACCGAGGAGAGCACCUCGAAGGUCGAUGAGGAUACCCCGGGCAACGGCCACGUGAGCCCCGUGAACGGUGACGAUGUGCCAGAGGCGGCGGCGCAGAGCGUCGGCCAAAAGGCGAGUGCUGUCGAAGAGGCGCCGGACGCCCACGAGGAUGCCCAGGCGGCUGCGUAGCGGACUGAUUGUUUUUCGAGGCUUUGGUGGUCCAUUUCCUAGCCGCUUUUGCCAGCCGCCCGGGCAAUUUGAUGCGGGGCGUAUUGGCCAUGGUUAUCCACUUUUUAUCCGUUUUAUUGAGCUCUUAUCCGCCAGCGUCACUGGUCGUGCUAUCGGCUCAGUGAGCCACGCUGCCCGCCAGAUGCUUUUGCUCGUUGGAGAGGCGCUAUGAACUGGUUGAUCCGGGCAGGGAUGCGAAGUGUUCGGUGGUGAUUUGAUGCUACCUUUGUCAUGGCAAGUGAUUGUAUUUUCUGUAAUAAAGGGUUAAACAGAUGA